AUGGAUGAAACUAUAAUUUUAUCGUCUUUCUUGUUGGGUUUCCUUUCAACCAAACAGACGAGUGUUGUCACAAGUUCGUGACUCUCAUUCCCUAGACUGAGAAAAUUCGGAACCCUCAACAAAAAUGCCAAAAGACAGAAAGAAAUCUCCGGAAGAGAAAGAUCCAGAAAAUGGAGCUCCACCGAAGAAAGACCACACUGCGACCAAAUCCAAGAGGAAGAUAGAAGACGAUUUCGAAUCCGAUGAUGGGUCCGAAGAAGAAAGCAAGCACAGCAGUCGAAGCAAGAAGAAGAGAAGCCGAAGCUCGAAGCGAAGGUCGCGAAGGAAGUACAGCGACGACGAUUCGUAUUCGUCUUCGUCGGAAGAUGAUUAUUCGGAUUCAGAGUCCGAGAGUUCGGACUAUUCGUCGGAGGAGAGCGAGGAGGAGAGGAGGCGGAGGAGGAGGAAGAGAGAGGAGAGAGAGAAAGAGAGGAAGCGGAGGAGGCGAGAGAAAGAGAAGAAGAGGAGGAGGAAGGAGAGAGACGAAGAUAAGAAGAAGAAGAGGAAAAAAAAGGAUAAGAAGAAGGCUAGUGAUAAGGGAAAGAAGGGAGCUGUCACGAAUUCUUGGGGAAAGUAUGGGAUUAUCAAAGAAACCGAUAUGUGGAACAAACGACCCGAGUUCACUGCUUGGUUGGCAGAAGUAAAACAGGUGAAUUUGGAAACUUUGCCUAACUGGGAAGAAAAGCAGAUGUUCAAACAAUUCAUGGAGGACCAUAAUACAGCUACCUUUCCAUCCAGAAAAUAUUAUAAUCUUGAUGCUGAUUUCAAACGUAAGAUGGAAAAAGAACAGAAAAAAGGAAUAAAAAAUGUCCUCCAGACAGAACGGACAGUAUUUAAUGAUGAAGAACAGCGCCGGCAAGAAAUGCUGGAAGUACGUGAAAGACAGAAGGAAAAAGAAGUGGACGCAUUAAAGCGCUCAAUGCAGAGUGGAAUGGCACAAGCAAUGAAAGAGCAAGCUCAGCUCAGAGAAGAAAUGGCUUACCAGUACAAGCUCGGCAAUUUUGAGGUCAGGAUGUUGUUUUGCCUCAACGCAAUAAUAUUUUGCUGCGGCUGCAAUUCAAAGAAGAUUGGACCCAGAUGUUGCUAUGUAAGGAGGUUUCGAUUGGAUAUAGCUCACAGAGAUUGGCAGGUGCUAAUCGCUGAUCUCCAUUCAAAUCAAGCUUCUAGAUAUAAUCUUUUAAACUUGUUUUGUUGAGAAUGAAUUGCCAGAUUCAACUUCAGAGUUUUACUAAUUUGGGCACUUUUUAUGUGUUGCAUUUUUGCAGAACUAUAGGAAUAUUAUGUGAAUGUAUGUUGUUAUACACUGAUUAUUACUUUAAGAAGGGUCUAUGCUUUAUUGAAGAGUCA